AUGGACGACACAUUCACCAAGUGGCUCAAUGAGGUCUGCAACAAGGCCAAGGUUACCGCCGAGAGCGUCUUCAACGUCCUCUCCGACGGCUCCAAGCGGAUGAAUCGAAUCAGGAACGUAAAGUACGCCAAACAGCUCGAAGAAGGCCUCAUGGAGACGUCGCAGUACUCGUUCCUCAUCCAGGAGUGCAUCCUCUUUUGGAGCGAACACAUGGGCAGCUACACGAGCGACGAGGUGGAGGCCAGUAGUUCGCCAUCUAGCGCCAAUUCGUCUCCGCGGGAGCCAGAAACAAAGUACAUUGACGUGGAUGCCAACGGAAAACAGAUCCGCACCCUAAACUUUAAGCAGGUGCUCAUUAGGUCAAGCGCAAUUGAGAAUUUAACAAGGACCAUUAUAAAGUCUGGAAGCGGUCUGGGAGCCAUAGAGGAUGUUGCUCUAGCAACUGCGAGAACGGAUGGUACAUCAAGUGCCCAUAAAAGUGUAGAGGAGUCCCUAGACAAGCCACAAGAAGAAACGGAAAAGCGACCAGACGACUUGGAACCAAAAGAUCUCUACCACGGGCUAGAUGAUGACGACGAAAUCAUCAUUCCCACCAUUGGCAAGAGAGACUCUGAAUCAAGUUUUGGGGAUAGCGUCAUUCAGGGCGACUCCAUAUUCCUGGUUGACCCCUGCGAUUCAAAAUCCUCCUGCUCCAACUCCUCCAGCUAUUCCCUGGGACAGACGGAUUCACUCGGUCUCAAGUACUAUAUUGAUGAAUAUGCAGACAGUGUAGAGCCCGAUGGUUUACCGGAUGCCUCUAUCGAGGAAGAUCAAGCUACUGGAGUAGAUGGCACUGCCAUCUCCAAUAGCAAUAAUGUGUACAUCAAGGGGCUCCAAAAAAUCUUUUCCCACUGUCUAAUUGGACCAAGUGAGCUUCACAAUGACCUCAUUGCUGCAAUACUAACUUUGAAACCUGUCGACGACACCCACCCGGAGCUGUUAAUCCAGCUGGUAUCCACACUCAAGAUACACUGGAUGGACGACUUUUUGGUACAGGAAAGAGAGAGGAUAAAGAUGGAGAUUAAGAACAUUGAGAAAAAUGAGCAAAGUCUGGAGGCGAUUCGUCAAACCGUUUUGCUCUACAAGCUUGCGCUAAAAAAUGUUCAAGAGUAUGACACGCACUCUGUGGAAAGCCAGUCGGAAGUAUUUGAAAAGCUGGCACUUUUGCGUAAAAUGCUAAACAUGUCUGAACAAACAUGUCUCUCAAAUAUAGGCACAAGGGCUAAUAGCAUGGGUGUGUACACUACAGAUGGAGAAGCUAUUUGGCCAAAAACAUCGAUACAACCUGAUGAACCUGCCGAUUUUGAUCCAGAAGACAAGUUGAAUAAAUAUGAAAGUACGCUCAUGGAUGAAAGAAUGUUAAAUAGGCUCAUUGUAGAAUCCAGAGAUAAGAUGCUCUUUUUAGAAGAGGACAUUAAAAUGUUAAAUGAACGCAAAGAACGUCUUGUUGCUGAAGUAUCGCAAAUUGAUGAAGAAAUCGCAAUGAAAAUGGAAAUGUUAAACAUCAAGUUGAAGGAGGUGGAAACUGCUCAAAUUGAACUUUCCGCCUUUUCUCCGGCUAAAAUUAAUGUAAACAUUACAGACGGAGCAUCGACACAUAAUACAGAGGAUAGGAGCGAUUCAAUAGGUCCUACUCUCUCAACUGAGCGUUCAAAAGUGUCAUUAUCCAAUGCAGAUGCUCAUGAUCAAAUGUACCGAGGCUUUUACAGAGAUGUAAAAAUGAUUGAAAAAUAUGCAAGCACAUCAAAGGAAUUUAUAGGCUCCCUCUACUCUUCAAUUCACGCCGAUUUUGAGGAAAAACAUUCAUCUCUAAUGGAACAAGCCACCAAAGUUGUCACAAGGGAAGCUGAGCUUGAAAGGGAGCGACUAAAGACCGAAGUUGAGAAUGCAAAGUCAAUAAUGGGACAAAUUCAAGAUAUAAAGGGGAAAAUGAGUCGUCACUCAAAGUCUAGUGCAAAACACACCACGGAGGAUGCCUCUCUAGACGCCAAGAUGAGGAGCCAGAUUUAUGCAGAUUUAAAGAGUGUCCUUAUGAAUGACCUCAAGGAGUCGUUUAUAAAGGUAGAGCAAGUUUGGUCCGAUUUUGUCGAUUUCUAUUCGGAUAAUAAGGAAUUUUUCGGUACAAAUGUUGCCCUUUAUACAGAAAUGAAGGAAUUGUACGACCAAGCCAAGAAGGGGUUCUCGUCGUUUUUGUAGUUUUUUGCAUCCAUGCGGAGGAUGAAGUUGUUCUUAGCAAGGCCUGUUGUGAAAAGUUUAAAAUUUUGCUCCUUUGUUUUUUCGUACCUAUGGAUCCAUUUGUCUCGAUAAAGUUACAUUUAGUGAAUAAAGUGAGUAUUAAUGGUCAAUAUGGUUUGAAAUGUCUGUAUAUUAUCUCAUAUUUAAGCAAUGUCGAGAGUCUUGAAAGUCUCUCUAGAUUCCCAUUUCGUGACUUUUCCCAGUGCAUGACAGGUUAG